GUUAAAGGACAAGAGCCAGGUAAGCAGUUUGUUGCCUCUAGAACAAACAAAUAUUUUAGUACUAAAAGUCCAUUUGAGACCGCCACAAGCGUGAAAAUGGAGACAGCACAUUGACUCCACAUUCAAACUUAUUUGGACAUCUUGUCUACAAAACUUGAUGAUAGUGGGUAAAAUUGCAUGGAAUGCAUUUGAUGGAACCAAUCACUAGUUGAAACGCAAUUGCCGUCGGGUCAGGGAGUGCAGACGACAUUCGAGAUAUGAUGCGAUGCUACUCCGGCAAGAUCACAGCCCUCAGUAUCUUCAUAAUCUUCCUUUAUUUAAUUUCUCGGUGGUUUACGGAGAACACCGACGACUCCCUUGGUGAGAGAUUUAAUUUAAAAAACGAAUGGAGGAAUGAAUUUCUUGUUUGGAGUCCGAAAUGCCACAUGCUAUCAGUGAAUCCUUUGCAUUCAUCGAUCACCCCUUAUAUAAAGAGACUCAAAUUUGAACCAUGUUCCAAGGGUCCUUUGCUGAGCUCCAUAAAGCGUGAUGUGAAUGGAUCAUUUUCCCUCGUUAUUGACGAAAAAAUUUCUAAAAGUUACGCCGAUCAUGUCUGCUGCUGGGCACCAAUCAGCAGACCUGUCCCUCAAAAACCUCUGGGGGAGUAUCCGGACGAUUUUAUCGACUUGGGACAAUGUCACGACUUCAAGAACAAAUUCCAGCUCCCACCUGACCUAGAAAUCGUGACUGUCUCCUGCCGACUCAACGAAAAUCCAGGGAACAGCAAGAGUGAGCCUCUAUACGAGAAUAUUCACUUCAUCCUGAAUCCCACGAAAAUUUAUAAGAGGAAAACAUGGUCGCCUUGGAAACCAAACCACCCAAACCAUCUAAAAGUAAAACGAAAACUUAGCAUUCUAGUUCUCGGAUUAGACAGCGUUUCCCGUUUGAACUUCAACCGAUGUUUGCCAAAAACUAAGCACUACUUGACAGAGACCGGUUGGUUCACACUGAAAGGAUACAACAAAGUGGGGGACAACACAUUUCCAAACUUAAUGGCGAUCCUCACUGGUCAAAACAGCACACAGGCCGACACUAACUGCAAUCCAACCCAGCCUUAUGGCUUGGACAAUUGUCCUUUUCUGUGGUCCAAUUUCCGGAGAGCCGGAUACGUUACGGCCUACGCUGAAGACAUGGGUCCUACCAGCACCUUCAACUACCAAAAAACCGGAUUUAUUGAUCCUCCAACUGACUACUACUUCCGAUCCUAUAUGUUGGCUAGUGAAAAACUCCUGAAGACUCGAAUAAGAUUUGGUACUAAAUACUGUUCAGGUCCUGAACUGGAAAUCGAUAGGGUUUUCGAUAGUGCCUUCAGUUUUGCCAAGACAUUUGUCGAUUUUCCUUAUUUUGGAUUUUUCUGGACGAAUACUGUGAGCCACAACGACGUCAAUGGAGUUUCGACAGUGGACGAUCACCUCCUGGAGAUGUUCAAAAAAUUUGAAAGUUCAGGCGUCAUGAACAACACGUUGGUGGUGUUUUUGAGUGAUCAUGGAAUGCGGUGGGGUGAAAUGCGACAGACGUUCGUCGGCCGGUAUGAGGAGAGACUGCCCUUUAUUUAUUUGAAAUUGCCAGAGUGGAUGAGAAAAAAUUCCGAUGUUGUGGAAACCCUCAUACAAAAUGAGCAUCGUCUGACCUCACCCUACGAUCUUUAUGAGACGUUUCGUGAGGUUCUUGGAGAAGCUGGAGGCGAAGCAAAUCGAAGCACCGGGUGCCCCACAUGUCAGAGUUUAUUUAAACCAGUGCCAAAGGUGAGAAGCUGCGGGGAAGCUGGUGUCUCGCCCCAUUGGUGCACUUGCACAGCCUUUAAACCGUCGAGUACUGACGAUGAAAUUAUCAAAGCGGGUGCUGAAGUGUUCGUUCAGCAUGCUGAUAAAUCUAUUGGGAUCUAUAAGGACAAAAAAGGAAGAAGACUUUGUGCCAAGCUUAGGAUCAAGAAGAUUCAUAGAGUUGAUAGGAUUCUAGAUUUUAGUAAUUGGUCGGAUAAUUCCGCUGGCGUUGCAUGGUAUUUUUAUUUAAUAGAAUUGACUCCUGGGAGCAGUAUGUUUGAGGUGACCAUUGGAAUUCAUGGUAAUGGGAAUUACAGUCUGUCUAAUGACGAAAUCAGUAGGAUUGAUUCGUAUGGACCUACAUCACAAUGCCUACACGUCGAAGCAAAAAAAUUUUGUCAUUGCAUUGAUCCAGAGUCCUUUCCAGUAUAUAAAUAGAUAUAAAUGAUUGAUGGGAACAAAAUUGCCAGUGAUAAUGGCACCUUUGUUGAUCAUAGUUUUGAUCAAGGGUUUAAUAUUAAUUUAAACAUGGUUAAGAACAUUAAUUAUUUUGAUUAAUUUAUAACGGUAUCGAUAUAGCUUCAUUAGUCUCUCGAAAUAUUCUCAGGACAUGUUACAAUUAUUAUUUUCAGUUAUCGAGAGUGUGUGGUAAUUGUGGAGUGUGAUUAUUAUAGAAACUAAGCACGAAAAAUCUUACCCUUAUUUUUAUACGCAAAUUCAAAGCUGCCAUAUAUUUUUGAACAUUCGUAUUAUACAAAAUAAAAAUUAAAAAUUCCAAAGCC